AUGGUGGAGAAGGAGAGGCCCGGUAACCCGAGUGCCAAGAAGAAACAAGGGGACAAGAACUCGCGCCAAAGAUUUCGCCAGGGUGCAUCGAAACGCGACACGUUCCCAUGGAUCAACAGCCAAAUCAUCACGGUGUCGGAGUCUGGCAACCUCAUGGAGCUGGCGACGACCAUCGAGGCCUAUGUGUCCCAGAUGAACCUCGUGAAUAUUUCCACAGCGUUUCACCGGAUAGCGCGACUUUGGACCACAAACGAAGAUCAAGAAGCCGCUAUGACGGUCAAGGGCGUCGUGCAGGCCCUCAUCCAUCAGGCCAACACCGUGCUCGCAAGGGCCAGCGCCAGCGGAACAAAGCCCUCCGCUCAGGCCCUGGCGAAUAUUACUUGGGCCAUGGUGACGCUGAACGCCAUGGACGAGAACCUGCUACAGGUCUUGCUGAAAGCGAGAAAAGGCUCAGAGCCUCGACAAAUCGCUUCGACAAAAGCGUUCCCAAACAGCUUUUGCCGCUUGCCGCCGGAAGCCAUGGCUUUGGGUUCCUGGGCUCCCUUCCUGGCCUUGGCCCUUGCGGCAGCGCAGCCGCAGCUUGAAGAUCGCCUUCGGGCGGCCAUGGCAAAAGUGGCGGACCAGAUGCGGGACAAGUACGACAUGGGACUGGCGGCAGCCUUCCACUCGUCGAACCUCUCCUUUAGCGUUGCCUCGGGCUACACGGAUGCAGGUCUCGGGCUUGGCCAAAAAACGCGGCUCGCAGUACCGGAGGACCUCUAUGUUUGGGGGUCCACGACGAAGAUGAUCACAGCUCCGGCAGUGCUGCAGCUGGUGGAGCAGGGGCUGGUCAAGCUGACGGAUCCCAUCAGUUUGCACAUCGAUCCCAUCCUUUUGCAGCUGAAUGGCACCCGUUUGGAGGACCACUUCGGCAGCCCGAUCCGAGAUGUGGAAAUUCAGCAUCUGCUUCACAUGACUUCCGGCAUCCAAGACUACGAUGGCGAGGCUUUUUCGGCAGCUCAGUUUGCCAACCGCUCCAAAGCUUUCGGCCCGGUGGAGAUCUUGACCCGGUUCGUAAGCCCCACCCUUCAAUCUUCGCCGGGAGAGCGCCAGAGCUACUGCAGCACCAACUAUAUUCUUUUGGGCUUCGUCCUUGCCACGCACCAUCAUCGAGCGGGCACUGCGUGGAGCUGGCAGGACUACGAUCAAGCAAGCGUGGUCCCCGCCGCCUUGCAGAAGGAUUUCACCCAGUCCCUGUUCGUGAAGCACGGCCCCUGCAGCCAGUACACGCCUGUGCAUGGCUUCAUGGGGUUCUAUCCCAGCGCACAGCUUCCCAAGCAGGACGUCUGGAACGUCAGCUGCUUGGGAGGCUGGACAGCGGGGGACUACGUUGGUUCCGUUGCCGACAUUGCUCGUUUUACAUACGACCUCUACAACACCAAGGACCCCAAGAUUGUCACGGCGCAGUCGCAAGCGCAUUUGACAAACUUCACCGCUCCAGGAAUGAGCAGCUUCAAGUUCUACGGAAUGGGCACCUUCAACCUGGCGUGGAGCAUCGGUGAUGCGGAUGCUUAUGGCCAUGUGGGUGACACAUAUGGGUACCAGUCACAGACAACAUAUAUUCCAGGCUUUGACUUCGUGAUUUCAGUCGCCACGAACGUGGAGACAGAAAAGCAAGCUCAGCCAGCGGACUUCACCUGCCACGCCUACCACGAGCUCAAGGCAGUUCUGACUGGGACAGCGGCUCCGCGCUGCACCUUCAUCGUGCCACAGCGGUUCAUCGGCAAGUGCGUCUGCCUGGGGGAGUCUGAGUCUGAAGUGCUUGUAUAG